AUAUAUAGAGAGAGAGAGAGAGAGAGAGAGAGAGGGAGAGAGAGAAGGCGAAGGCGAAGGCGAAGGCGAAAUCUCUCCGCUCAGCUCAGCUCGCCACCACACGCAGGCGCAGGGCUAGAAUGUACGCGGUGAGAGCCCACUGCAGUUUCUAACGGCGAGACGCUUUUUUUUUUUUUUUUUUUUUUUUUUUUUUUUUUUUUUAAAUAAAUAUACAGCAGAGUCGGCCUCCUGAAAUCCGUUUUGUUUUUGUUUUCUUUUCCCCACCUCUCCUGCUCUUCAGUCGCAACUCUGUUUCCGAGGCUGUUGUUUUUGAACCGCUGAUAGAUCAUAAUUAUGGCGGGGAAAGGGACAUCACAAGGCACGGGAAUAUUGCUGGUGACGGCCAACGUCGGCUCUCUCUUCGAAGAUCCCGAAAACCUUCAGAAGACAUGGCUGCGGGAGUUCUAUCAGACGGUGCACACACACAAACCACACUUUGUGGCGUUACACUGUCAAGAAGUGGGCGGGAAGAAUUACGAGGAGUCCAUGGCACAUGUGGACAACUUCGUCAAAGAGUUACUGUCCAGCGACGCCAUGAAGGAGUACAACAGAGCCCGUGUCUACCUCGACGAGAACUACAAGUCCCCGGAGCAUUUCACAGCACUAGGAAGUUGCUACUUUGUACAUGAAUCCUUAAAAACCAUCCACCAGUUUGAUUUCAAAGCCAAGAAGUUCAAGAAGGUGGUUGGCAAGGAGAUCUACUCGGACACUUUAGAGAGCACGUCCAUGCUGGAGAAAGCAAAGUUCCCUCAAGACUACUUUCCUGAGUGCAAAUGGUCCAGAAAAGGCUUUAUCAGGACUCGCUGGGCUAUGGGGGACUGUGCCUUUGACCUGGUGAAUAUUCACCUGUUCCACGAUGCCUCCAACCUGGUGGCCUGUGAAAACAGCCCUUCUGUUUACUCAGCCAUACGACAGAAAGCUCUCGGCUACGUUCUGGACAGGAUUACAGAUCAGCGUUAUGAGAAGCUGCCAUAUUUCCUCUUUGGCGAUUUUAACUUCAGGCUGGACUCAAAGCAGGUUAUAGAGAGUCUGUGUUCUACAGCCACCAUGCAGACGGUUCGAACUGCAGACAACACACAAGUGGACAAGCUCAUAUUCCGAGAGUCCGACAAUGACCGCAAGGUUGUGCUACAACUCGAAAAGAAGCUUUUUAACUACAUUAACCAGGAUGUUUUCCGGGAAAACAAUGGAACGCUGCUAUUAGAGUUUGAUAAAGAGAAGGCUGUCUUUAAGGAUCGUUUGCAAGAGCUGGAGAUCUCCUUUCCUCCCAGCUACCCAUACAGUGAGGACAGCAGUCAGGGGAAGCAGUACAUGAAUACGCGAUGCCCAGCCUGGUGUGACCGCAUCCUCAUGUCGUCUUCUGCCAAAGACCUGGUUGUAAAGCCAGAGACUGAGGAGAAGGCAAUAACAUAUGAUAAUAUAGGGCCCAAUGUCUGUAUGGGGGACCACAAGCCUGUUUUCCUGUCCUUUCGAUUAACCACAGGGGCAGGUAAACCUAAUGCAAAUAAGCACAAGUGUUGUGUCAUGCAGUGAUGUGAUAUAUGCUGCCAAAGAAUGGAGGGGAUUUCACCACAAGCGACCCUGUGAGAAACUCUGAGACAGCUGGACACACAUACACACACACACACACUCUCUCUCUCACACACACCCACAGAAAACCCUGAUAAGACUUUUCAGCAGGACUGACCAGUCGUAGUGAAACAAGUGCAAGCCAGCACACCGAUAGAAAUGGCAGCAUGUGCCCAAGAGUGAUUUAAGAUUCAGGAACACACACUGAACGUCAAACACACACACACACACACACACACACACACACACACACACACACACACACACAGCUCAUGCCGCUCUCUUCUCUCGUUGGACACUUUUCCUGCAACCUUUUCCCAGAACACCAUCACAGCAACAAACAACUUAAAGGACAACUCUUCUUAUAUGACAUAACCUUGUUGCCAAAACUCUAAUAGAAAAUGAGAAGUACUACAUAUUUUAAAGACAAUACUUGCAACUUUUAGAUAUGCCUCUACAUUAUAGAAGAUAUCUUGUGUAAGAUGUUAUAAGAAGUGCAAUGCAAAAAAAAAAAAUGUUGUAUAUGUAUAGUGUUAGGUUUAUUUGUACAUUGGAUUAUUAUAUAGUGGUGUUGAUGUUUUUAGUGCUGUUUUCUUUCUCUUGUGGCAAGCUUGUGCGGUGUCUGUUGGAUUAGGUUAGCUUUUUUUUUUUUUUUUUUAAAUUUGUUUUUAAGUUCAUUUCAAAAAUUGACUAGUUUACUUUAUUUCCUUCCCUUUCUUUCCUUAUGCUCUUUUGAUUUGUCGUUGCUGACUCGUGUGCCCAGCACACACUGCCACGUCUGACAUCCACCAAGUCUCAUUUUAUAUACUGUACAUUUUAAAGAGAUAAUUUAUUAUUCUUACCAAAAUGAUUACACUGAGGUAUGGAUAGAAACCUGCCGCUUGUCAGCUGAACCAUUCGAAUAGUUAUAGUUAUAUAUUAAAACACACACGUCAUCUGAAGUGCACCUUUUUUGCAUAUGAUUUUCACGUAGCCUAUCUGAGCUAUUCUAACCAGUGUCAUAGGCCAUGCAAGUAGCUAUAUAAGAUAUUGCUUCAUAUAGCAGUCCCACUUAGUUAUUGCAUUAUUAUUCUUAUCCUAACUUAUUUCUGUGUAAUAAUAUGGUUCUGAAUGUGAUAUUUUAGAUAGGCUUGGGUAGCUUUAAAAAAAAAAAAAAAAAAGUAAACUUUUUUGUUCGUUUGUUUAAGUUUUUUUUUUCUUUUGUUACUGCGUCAUGGUGCCAAGUAUAUUGUACACAGCAGACAGGUGUGCGUUAAGAGUUUGUGCAGUCGAUAGGAGGAAACCGGGCGCUUUUCAGGGCCACGCUGUAAACCGGGUACUAGUGGAAUGAACAGUGUGUCAAAAUACCACGCCACAUUGUAUUGAGACACACUUUAGUGUGGUGUAGUAUGCGGUUUGGGACGUGGCCUAUUUCACCUUUAAUACGCUCGCGCCGCUCGUUAGAGCUUUAAAAUGGCGAUUAGCAGUCGGCCGACAUUUCCUCAUAUCGAUUUUAAUUUAGUACACUACAUAGUUCACAGCCCGUAUGAAGCAGCUAGUUUGAUAUUUGGAUUUCUUUAUUAUUUUAUAUUUUAUUUCCUCAUUUAAAUCACCGUAAGUGAGAAUGAAUUUGCAGCCAAAAUCCAUGUCGUCUUAAGAGUAGUUUCCCAAACUGGCACAGCCUACUAAAUAGUGUCAAUAGAAUGUGCUAACUAUAAUGUGAAAUAGCCCACUACUUUUGACAUUGCAGGCCUGUUUGUUGCAUUAAUGUGAGGUUUUUGGGAGAAAAUAAGGCGUCAUAGAGACGACACGAAUGUAUUUUGUUAGCCAAAAUUUCCGACGUACUGUUUAGUAGUAGCCUGCUAUUUAGUACGGUAGUAUGCCAUUUUGGACACUGCUCCCCUUGCCGCCGGUCACAUGAAGCGGUGUGUUCCCUCUGUAAUAGCAGAUAGAGAUUAAACUCCAUGGGUGGCCUGGCCUCUUCAAGCAAUAAAACCAUUAGAACUGAACAACUGAGUGUUUGUCAUUACUGCUACACAUGUAUAAUAAGGCAAUACACUACAAGUAGAAACUAUAUUUUGGUAACUUGUUUUAUAUACUUUUUGGGUAAAUUGCGUAUAUAGCACGCCUUCUUUUAAACUGUAGUGUUUAAAUUAUGAGAACUCAGCACGUUAUAUCGAACAUAGCAGCUGUGAUGACGGCAAUAGCUCCGCCCACCUUGCACAAUCACGACGUGUCAUAUAUCCCGGAAAUGAUUGUUUCAUAAAUGUCAGUGUCGGUGUCAUGGUGAUAGAGCUACAUGUCAGUUUCCUUUGGAAAACUUAUGAACCAAACUUGCUCAAGUGGAAAUACGUGAGAGCAAACUGUAUUGUACAAAUCAUUUUCCUCAAAAAGAAAUCUCAGUGUCUUGAUGAUCUGCAUUUAUGAUUUGAUGUUCAUUAUAUUUUAAUGUUCAUUCCUAUUCGUGUUUAGAGGCAUAUUACAGAGGAAUUUACCAAAAUGUUACGUUAGAUUUUUAUACUUUAAAAUGAUAACAAAAAAAAAAGUUUCGUUUUAUAACAAGCUCUGGUGUUUUCUUGGUUGAACAAAAAUAAACUUUACAGAAACAAACUGUUCUGUAGUCCUAAAAGUAGCCUAUUUUACUUAAGAGUGUCUUUACAGUGAAGUGAACAUUUUAAUUCUAACAAAAUUUCAAUCACUAGGUUUUUGGUUUUAUUAAAUGUGCAAAUUCACACAAAUUUAAUUUGAUUGAAGUCUCAUUUGCAUAAAUAUAUUUUUUAAGUUGUAGCCUAAUAUUUAAAUAAUAAUAAUACUUGUAGGCCAUAAUAUCAGCAAUCACUUGGGGAACACUGAUUGUGAUAUCUGUUGAUUAAAAUAAAUAAAUAAAUCUAUUCACAUUUAAAUUUUAACUGCGUUAAAUUAAAAUGGUGGUUCAGAUCAUUAGUCAUUUUAUUAGUAAGUGCUCUGGAAACACAUCAUCCUGACCCCUGUUACAUAAUCUGUUCAAACAAUUCGAAUUACCUCGCAAACUGAAACCACAAAAAUACUAUAAAGAGCUUAUAAAGAGGGGUUUUGUUCGGUAUUGAAUACACAACUAACAAGCCUCUGUUGAUUUUAGCCGUUGCUAAAUAUCAUAUGUGAUUUACAUUUAUUUACUAAGUUGUCAGAGCUGAAACAAAUCGCCAUGCAUUGUUGUCACUUCGUGUGGGAGUCGUGCAUAUCAUUUGUUCGUUGGAUUUACGAUGCAUUGUGGGUAAUAAUAUGAUGCU